UCUACCAGAUUUUAGUUGUAUCACGAUGCAUCAGAACAUUACGGCCAACGCUUCGCGGCUGUUUCUGGUUGAAUUCUUGGCUCGACUGUCUUAAUUUCUGAUUUGAGGUUUUUGUGUCAGAUCAGUAAUUAGGCUUUGUACGAAUUGCCACCCCGAUUUUAGAACUCGGUGCAUUCCAUUCUUGGCUUUGGGUCUGCCACUCUCGGAUGGCUUGGGUUUUCUCUUCUUCCUUGUGCUAGGGUUUCCGUUUUUCCGUGCGCUAGAGUUUAGUGUUUAUUUUGCUCCUUCCAAGUCUGCUGUUUCGUUUCGUUAGGUCGCUUCGUUGAUGGGCGUGAUUGACAAGAAUGACCCUGGCAGAGGUAGGGAACCUUUCUCACGACGGGCAGUUCAAUCGCUUGACCUCAGCUUGAGCGCUCUCUUCUGUUCUCUUACCACCCUUGCCUUCCGCCUACCGGAGGUGGUCACGUAGGCAGCAUAGGCGUGCUGAAAGGGUCAUGCGCUUUACAAGACAAUGGAUACCGAAAUUGAAGAGGUGAAGCAAGAGAUCAGGAAAGUAGAGCAACAGAUCGAUGCUGUGGAAGAACAACUGACGAAGGCUGUCACAGAGGCCGAUGUCGCUUACUGGCGGAAAGAGAAGGAGCAACUGAGGAAAAAGGAGGAGCAACUGCGGAAGAAGGAGGAGCAACUGCGGGAAAAGGAACUGCUGCUACUCAACGCUGAUACUUCAGCUGCUCAACAGGAUGCACUGGACCCUUUCCGGAGGUUAUUAGUAGAAGCAAGAGUGGACGUCAGGAUUCCGGAGGUCACUGAACUGAAAGGUUACUUGCUGCAUCCGCCACGUAUGGCAUUUCCGGUUUCUCACCGACGCUACUUUCAGUGGAAGAGCUAUCUGAGUAAAGCAGACAACUUUAUUUGUCAUGACCCUGCACGAGGCGUUUGCUGGAAUUUGGAUGACCACCUUGGGAUUGUGUUAAGGCCUCCAGCUACAGGCUCUACAGAAAGUUCUUAUCAUGCUUAUUGGGAUUGUCUUGUUACUGAGCCAAUAUCCCUGUUCUCUUUGGAAACACUUGUCUUUGAUAGAGACACCUCAAGGUUUAGUUCAUCCGAGAACAAGCGCCCAGACAAACUUGGGAUGGUUUCCAGACUCGCACUUUGGCGUGGCGAGGAGAAGGGGCCAGAUACUGAAGAUGAUCCCAAACAAGAAUUGGUCAGGAAGCUGAUCUGGACGUAUGGAAACCUGCCCUAUCUCCUGUGUUAUUAUGCCAACGCAGCGAUCGUUACUUACUGUGCACUAGUGCAUGAUGCUAAGCGAUGUAAGACUGAGGUGGUGGAUUUGAUCACUGUCAAUCUAUCUGUUGUAGAGGACAGGUUGCUGGCAUCGUUGAUAGGCUUCAACAUCAGCAAGCUGCUAAUGCGCCUGUCUGAAGCUGGAAUCGUGCUGGGAGUUGAGUCUGACUUUUACGAUUAUCGCACUGACGGAAAAACUGUUUUCGUGGGGACUGGUGUUGACAAGAUCUACAGAGAUAAGCGUACCUUUGAGAAGGUGUACCAAAUAUAUAAGAGCAUCAAGGAUUGCCCCAAUGCAGAGCAGGUGCUGAAAAUUAAUGCAGCCGAUCGUAGAUUCCGAAUGAUACCCCGGUGUCUUGUGAAAAGCCGGGCGAGACCUGAAGAUGAACUUUUGAAAGCAUUGAUCAAUGUUGCAGAAGCACUGGUCUGGUUGCAUGGAAAAAAUCUAAUGCAUCGAGAUAUAACUUGGCGGAAUGUUCUCAGAAACACUUCAGGUACCAACUGGGUUUUAAUUGAUUUUGAUGAGACUGCUGCUACUCCCUGUGGUCACGCUCACGGACUGUGUGUUGAAGCUCACGCCCCUGAGAUGAGCAGAGGUCGUCAUGACUCGAGUGUAGACAUAUGGGGCAUUGGGCAUUUGAUCAGGAGUAGCGGGAUAAAUGGUUUGUCAGCGGGUGUUCGAGAGUUGCAAAGGGAUUGCUUGCAGACUGACGCUUCCAGAAGACCAAAUGCAGAAACUUGCUUGGAGAGAUUAAAAUGUCUCCGUAGAAUGACUAACAUGAACUUACACAUGGACUUCGAAAGCUGUUGAACCUGAUGUGAGGGAUACUGUGAUUCUGGCAUUAUGUUGUUGAAGCAGAUAAGGAUGACCUAUCAUGUGGGAAUGAGAUCUUAUUUGCAAGAAUCCUACGUAGAGCCGCAUCCGGCAUUGUUGGCUGAAGGCGCCUAUAGUGCUCCAUCUUCUCAAGUUUCAUGCAACUUUUGAGAAAAUAGCUCCAGGGGGGAUGAAGUCUGAAAACUCCGCAAUUCUGAUCAUUACCAAGGGAAUUGCUUCGUUAAAACAAACCUCUCGUGCUUGUGCUUCAGAUUGGAAAAGUGGGAUGUGCCCACGCAGAACCGAAGAACAACCGAAGAGGGUUUGUUUUUGACACCUUUUUUGGCAGGUUUCCGACAUUUUAUUAUAUUUUUUGGGAAAUUCUCUGACAUAUGACUGUAGAAAUUUGGAAGGAUUUCGCUUGCUUCGGUUUCGACAAUUGUUUAGACACACAAGUGACUAAAUCAAUGUCGAACUAAUUUUUCGACACUUUAAUGUCGAUAACUUCAUCUACAAUUUGUCAAUGUUGGGAAGUCUGUCAAAACGAAGUAAACAAAGUGGAUGUUCCAGAAGGUGUCGACUUAAUUCUGUGAAAACAAGGGUCCAGAACCUCGUACUGCAAAGCAAGUUGAAAAACGAAUCUGAAAUUCUGGCAAGUAAUAAACCCAACGCAGUAAUGAACUUCUUGUUGUAAACUAUGCUGAAUAUGACGUCGAUACGUGCGUCAAUAUGUUUAUGUCACUGCAGCUACUAACAGUUCACUGGUCCAAUAACGCAUUGGACGUAAGAGUCCUCCGAAGCAUACGCCCCCUUCCUACCAGGAGGUAGACAGGAGCUCGUGGUGGCUUGUAAACGAGGGUUUCAACCACAGAAAGGUGGUAACCACCGAACCUACAUGGCAUCCCACUUGCCAAGUGAGUUAUUUAUAGUGGUGUAGAGGUGGUGUAGUGGUGUAAAGGUACACUCCAUAACUUCGUUGCAUGCCAUGGGUAUUAGAAAAAUGUAUCUAGUAGCUGAAGUAUGGACAUACUAAACUAAUCUACUAAUAAGUGAUUAUUGUGCUUCUACAGUUGAUGUAAAUGUUUUCAUCCAUAAUACUGUA